AUGGCGGCAGAGGCCUGCGAGAUCGCGCGCCUGCCGGAGGAGCUCCUCUCGGCGGCGCUGGCCCGCACCUCCCCGCGCGACGCCUGCCGCGCCACCGCGGCCUCCCCGGCCUUCCGCGCCGCGGCCGACUCGGACGCCGUCUGGGCCCGCUUCCUGCCCCGCGACCUCCCGCCGCUCGCCGACGGGGAGCUGCUGCUGCUGACGCCGCCGCGCAAGAAGGACCUCUUCCUCCGCCUCUCCAACCAUGGCAGCCCCCUCCUCCUGCUCCCGGACAAGCUCGCGAGCAUGUGGCUGGACAGGGAGACCGGCGCCAAGUGCUACAUGCUGUCCGCGAGGAGCCUCACCUUCGUCUGGGGCGACACGCCGCAGUACUGGACCUGGAUCCCGCUCGCCGACUCCUCUAGGUUCUCCGAAGGAGCUCAGCUCUUGCGCGUUUGCUGGCUCGACAUCAGUGGGAGGAUACCCUUCAAGAUGCUGUCGCGAGACACUGUCUACGCCGCUUACCUAGUGUUCAAGGCGAACGAAAACUCCUUCGGGCUGGAUUACCCUGUCCAGGACGCAUCCGUCAGCGUCGGGGUAACCAGCUCGACCCGCAUGGUUUGCCUCCAAAGCAACGAUGAGGAGGAUGAGGAUGGGGAUGAUGAGGCUGGUGCGGUUCCUGGGCACUAUUGGCCAGUGAGGCCAUAUCCACCAAGAAGAACCAGGAGAAGGAACCGCCGUUCAGUUCCUCAUGCCGAGGACGUAGGGCGCCCUCAGGAAAGAGCCGACGGCUGGAUGGAGCUGGAGCUGGGCGAGUUCUUCAUCGAUGGGGGUGGUGACGAUGAUGGUGAGGUGUCCUUUAGCCUGGUGGAGACAAAUGGAGGGAGCUGGAAGAGUGGUCUCAUCGUGCAGGGCAUCGAGGUCAGACGCAAGAAUUCAGGCUGA